AGGCUUUCCGUUUUGAAGUCGAGGGUUGGGAUUCUGAGACGUCGUGGCAAGACUCCGCGUCCGAGAGUAGCGCUCCUGGGGACGGGCCCGUCUUCAUCGAUAAGGCGUAGGCUCUCACUAUCUCUGACAAGGAAGAGGGCUACGUGCACUACUUCCACAGCAACAGAGAGGUCGGACGUGGCAUAUGUUCAAGCUCCUCUUCAUAAAGAAGAAGCCGCUUUCGCCACUCACGCCACUUAUGGAAGUGGAGUGGUAUCACUGCUGCACGACACAGAACAGAGAUGGUCUUGUCAAGAUACUUGUUGGGGCAUUGGAUGCACGAAGUGAGACAGCACCAAGCGAGACUGCACCAAGAGAGACCGCACCAAUGACAAAAAAGAUGGGAGGAAAGGAAAAUGGACU